GUUCAACCGAGCUAAAUGCCACCCACAUAACAACUAUCAUACACACUACGCAGCUGACAUUUGUUGUUCAAGUUGUACGCUCUACACAGAAUGGCUCACGUGGCAGUAAGGAUAAAGUUUUUUUAGUUAACUAAUAAGUAAUAACAUAACCCCACCUUCGUUCCUGUAGUUUCUGUUUUCAGGCGCUUCUCUCAUCAGUCAUCACUACACUGCAGUGACGGGCUGGCUGCCUCUCUCUCGGCAGCAUCUCUGGAAGAACUUUGGAUCCAUUCGCUCUAUCCUCGCCCCGCUCUCGGCAAGGUAAAUAGCCAGGUUUCCCCGUUCCUUAUUACUAUCUCCGAUUUCUGUCCGCUCUAUCUUUCUGAUAGCGAUCUCUGAUGCUUCAUAUUCGAUUCGAGAAAGAAGCAGGUCUAGUUUUUCACUCUUUGAUUUGUGAUUUUACUUUGCCUGUGAUUUGGGUUCUCGUUGGAUUUCCCCCCUUUUUCUGGCUUUCGAUAUAGAAGCGAGAUGUUCAAUUCCUGGGUUUUGAUUCUUGAUCCAAGGAUCUUGCACUGUGCGUGACUUAUCUACCUGAGAGUUCGGUUGAAAGCUUCUGAUGAUUGGGUUCCUUCAUUUCCUUCUCGUUGGAGGUCAACUUGUUUUUUUUUGGGGGGGGGGGGGGGGGGGGGGGGGGGGGGGGGGGGGGGGGGGAUUAUUAGUUGAUUUUGGUACAGUGAUUGUUUGAGGAUCUUUCAUUGGCUGAGAAUCGAGCUUGUCUUAAGCGUUUAUUUGGUGAUUUAGAGUACUCGAGGGAGAAAGAUUGGAGCAUGGUUGUGUUUUACUUUUAUUGGUGUUAUGGCAAUCGGCUAGAUCUCUUUAUUGAUUGAAGUCAUUUAUGGCUUGGUUUCCAUGUAUAGCUCGCAGUCAGCUUGUUCAUUUCAUAAGAGGAAUGGGCAUGCAUAAAGAGAAAUGAAAUAUCAUUAUAGCGUUCGAAAGUUGAUCGAUUACUUGUAUGGUUUUUGCCUUGUUUGACUGUUCAUUGAUUGUUCUUCUUUUCUUCUUGUGCACUGGAGAAACAAGCCCAACUGAGAGAUUGGAAGUAUAUUUGUCUUGAAACUUAAGCAGCAGUAAACUACUGAAUGCUGUGUUUACUUUACUCCAGUGUUCUUCUCAUGUUCAAUUUUGUUUGCCCUUCGUUCCUUUUUAUGAACUUUUAUCAUUUGCUCUUUUGUAUGCAUAACUUCUAAAUGCCUGUUUUAUGGAUGCAUAGAAAGAAGCACUAGCUGUAUUCUUGUUUUGUUUGUGUUAACUGUAUGUCCAACAAUUUGGGAACUGUUAUUGCAUUGUGCAAAAAGUUUUGGAGACCAACUUAUAUAUGGAAGCACUGCUUUUUUUUUUUUUUUGCCAGAAAGUAAACUGUUUUUUCCUUUGAUUUCACAUCUGGAAAGUAGGUGAGAAGAAGAGACUAUGUCAAGCAGUAGAAACACCCACUGGUGCUACAGAUGCAGGAGAACAGUUCAUUUGAGAGGACGAGAUGCAGUUUGUCCGUACUGCAGUGGUGGAUUUGUUCAAGAACUUGAUGAAAUGGGGCAAAUCGGCCCUCUGGAUUACUUUGGACUCGGCAAUGAUGUCGAUCACGACCAUAGGUUCGGACUUAUGGAAGCCUUUUCAGCCCUUAUGAGGCAAAGACUAAACGAUCGAGGCCAUAGACAUGAAACGAGGCCCAGGUCGUCAGAUCCAGUUCACGAACAGGGUCCUGGAUUUGGUCCCCUGCUGAUUUUUGGUGGCCAGAUCCCGUUUCGGCUAUCAGGGAAUGGCGGGUUCGACUCGCUUUUCCCUGGAGCCCCAGGAAUCGAGGUCACGAGGGGAAAUGGUGGUGAUUAUUUCAUUGGUCCUGGGCUUGAAGAAUUGUUCGAGCAUCUCUCCACAAAUGAUAGGCGUGGGCCAGCACCAGCAGCUCGAUCAUCAAUUGAUGCAAUGCCAACAGUCAAGAUUACUCAAAGGCAUCUUCGAGGGUCUGAUUCUCACUGUCCAGUGUGCAAGGAUCAAUUUGAACUUGGAACUGAAGCAAGACAGAUGCCUUGUAACCAUUUAUAUCACGCUGACUGCAUAGUUCCCUGGCUUGUACAGCAUAACUCGUGUCCUGUUUGUCGCCAGGAGCUUCCUUUGCAGGGAUCCAGUGGUAGCCGCAGUCAACCAGGCUCAUCAAGUUCAAGAAGCAGGACUAGUGGCAGAGAAGGAAGAAGGAACCCUUUCUCUUCUUUGUGGCCAUUCCGCACUUCUGGUUCCAGCUCUGGCCACAGCAGGGCAGCUACCGGAAGCAGCUCUGCAGCUAUGAAUGAAAACACUCAUCACCAGAUGGGUUAUUCAGGAUGGCCUUUUGACUAGGAUGUGUUAGUGUGCGUUUUUGGAGUUGUUUCCUUUUGUUAUUAUUGUAAUCGUGACUGGAAAUGUCUACCAUCCAUAUGCAACAUAAAUGUGUUGCUUAGGUUUCGGAAGAUUGAAGUCCCUGUGAGUUGUCCAUAAGUGUUUGAAAGGUCCUUCGUUUGUCUGCAAAUGAAAUGACUAAGUUUGCCUGCAAUGCUGUUGCCUGUAAGUCAUGUUUUGAGAUCAUUUAUUCCUCACUAAACCUUCAAUAAAGUUUCGUUUUGUUGUGUUAAUUAUUACAUUAUGCAAUGCAAUUUUAAAUCUGAAUCAUGAAGAAUGCGGUGAACUAGUCCUCACUUCUCAGUUCAAUAAAACAUGCAUUUGAUGUUUGGCUGUGUUUUGUGGAAAAAAUCUCAAAAUACACCUGUUUUUAAUAAGAAUUUUCAAAAUACACACACUAUAAAAAAUAAUUCCCAAAAUAUAUGUUUGGACAUCACUGCAGUUGACGGUCGCGGUGAAUGCCUGACGUAACAUUGAAACUUCAAACAAACGUAAUUAUGCACUCGGCUAUCUUAUUGUAGCGAAUUAUUUUAUGAUUUCACAUAACUUUGCAAGAUCUUUCAAUCUGCAACAAGCCUUCAUCUAAAAUUUUUUUUUGCUACCCCGAACAAGCAAUUUAUCAACUUUGACAAACUUUGGAAGAUCAUAACUUUGUGCUCCGCAAUCCGAAUGUCAUAAAACUUUUUUUGAUUUCGCAUAACUUUUGAUGGACUACAACUUUGAUUAUAACCAUAACUUUGGAACGUAUGUGGAUUUGUGAAAAGUAAAGACAAAGUUAUUCCCAAAAUCCCGUAUACCCAAAAAUAUUUCUUUAUUAAAAAAUCUUUCCUAGUAAAAGUUGUAGUUCUUAAAAAUUUAUGCGCAAUCAAAAAAACUUUACGACGUUCGGAUUGAGGAACUAAACGUUAUGGCCUUCCAAAGUUUGGAAAAAUCGAAAAAUUGCUCGAUCGGGAUAACAAGCGACAUUUUUUAGAUGAAAGUUUGUUUCAUAUUGAAAGAUCUUGAAAAGUUAUGCGGAAUCACAAAAAAUUUCGCUACAAUCGGAUAACUGAGCGCAAAGUUACAUUCAUUUGAAGUUUCGGUGUUACGUUAGGCAUUCACCGCGACUGUCAACCGCAGUGAUGCAUUCACCGCUUUCGUUUGCCGCGGUGAAUGCAUUCACUGCGGUUGACAGCCGCAGUGAUGCCCAAACUUGUGUACUUUGAGAAUUUUUUUAUAAUGUGUGUAUUUUGGGAAUUUAAAAAAAAUGUUUAUUUUAGGAUUUCAUCCUUGUUUUGUCUAUGGGUGUUUGUUUUGUCAUUUGCUUGAAGAAAUCACUCCUUCAAGUCUUUAACAUAGACGAUUUAAAAAGGGGACAACCACUUCCUCCUUCCAAACGGGGCUAAGUUUGUUGGGCUAGGAUGGCUUGAAAUUAGAGGUGGUAAUUUAUAAUCAAUUCACUAAUUCAAUUCAAUUUAUCCACUUAAAUAUCCAACUAAUCUAAUACAUUUAAAUUUAAUACAUUUGAUUUAAAUUU